AUUUUCAAAUUUGAACGUUAACAUUGAACGAAUGGAUAGACUGUCAGAGGAUCUCUUUCGAAUGAUGUGGUUCGUUGUUUUCAUUUAUUUAUUACAUUAUCCAUCAAAAAUAACAUUUAAUUUGAUCCUAUUCAGAGAUUAAAAGAUAAAAGGAUAUUAAAGAUUUUCAUAAUAAUUAAUAACAAUAAUUUAUAAUCUCAUAAUGUCAACCCCGCCAAAAUUUCCUAAUACUGAGUUGGAUAUAACAUUAUUGUGCACUCCUAUGCCAAAGGCUUCGUCAACAAUACAGAGAAAGUCUACACUUGAAAAGAAAUAUCUUGAUAUGAAAUUCAUAGAAGAGAAUUUUGUUAGACCGUCUUUACGUGAGACCAAUAUGUUACUAAAGUCAGAUGAUUCUUCGUUAGGUAUUCUUAACAAUAUAUCAAGUUUAUUAGAAGAAACAAGUGAAAUAAACGAUAAAAUGAAAGAAGAAUCCAAUAAAUUAGAUGCUGAGCAAGAACUCGCUAGGAAGUUACUUAGAAAAUGUAGCAAUAUUAAAGGUUCAAUAUCUUCUUCCGAUUCUGAUAAAGAGGAUGAUGUUAAUAUAGAAACUAUAAGAGAUUACGUUAAUUCUUCAGAUCAAGUAGAUGGUAAUUCUUUUAAGUAUAAUAUUGAUAAUAAGUCGGAACAACAGGAUACUAUACAUCCGAAAUAUUCGAGUAGUGUUGUAUUUAAGCUGAAUGAAAUAACAGCUCGUUCUUCAGAAAUGAGUAAAAAUGAGAAACUUGAAUCUUUUUUUUCGCCAAAGAGCGCAAGAGGAAUUAGUUUUGAUUCAAUUAUAGCGGAACAACAGGCAGCUCAAUUUAAAGAUGAAGAGUUUUAUUCUAUCUCUCAAAUAAAUAGUCAUCUAUUAGCUGAUGAACCUUCCUGGAAACAUAACUAUACUUACAAUUCUCCUUUGGAAACUAAUUCGGAAAAAGAAUAUUUAGAUUUGUCGUGUUUUUCUGGUAUUAUUGGAGAAUUGGAUGUAUCGGUGGAAUCUAGCAUUGGACGUAAAAUAUCUAUCGGUGAAUUUUUCAAAAGAAAAAGUGAAAAUACUGGAAACUUGUCAAAUAAUAUUACGGAAAGACCACCUUUAGGAAUACCUGUUAAAAGUCCUAAAAAAAAAAGACAAUUAAUACCUUUAGUCGAUUCAACCAUUGUAGAUGGAUCCUCGACAUUUAGAGAAAAGGAGCAGAUUCUUACAAACGUGACACAAAAUAUCGAAGAGCACAGUAUUAUGAGUUUAAGUAGUAUUGCUCAAGCAUUACAAGACCUCGACAAUUGUACUCCGCGAAGAUUAGUAGAUCAACUUAUAAUGGCCAAAAAAAAAAGGAAAGAGUUAGAAAGAAAUAAUGACCAAGGCAAUACGUAUAUGCUUUCUUCUUCAGACAGACGAUCUAUGCCUGUGACUCCAAGUGCUAUUAAAAUUAAAGAUGAUAAUAUAUCAUCUAAACUUUCAUUAGAUAGUAAAACCCUUACCGAAACAUUAGAGACUAAGCAAACUUUGCCAAGAAUGUUAACAUUUACGUCUAAUUUAGAUUUACAUACUAAUAAUAUUUUGGAAGAUAUUCCUCAAAUAAUAUCAUUAAAAAAGGAAGAGGAAAGUUCCAUGAAUCUUCAACAGCAGUUGGAUACCGGUCUGAAACAAGAAAAUAUUUCAUAUACAUCUAAGGAGGACUGUAGCGUACAACAAUUAUCAACUGUUGAACGGUCAAGUUUGGGAACAACAUCUCAAUUACAAGAUAUCAUUCUUACCAAAAAUGGUCAAGAAAUUUGUUGUUGUAUCGUUGGUAUAUCGAGAGAAGCGGAUAUCGAAUUAACGAAUACAGGAGAUAAAUGGAUUAUUUGCUUAUUUAGUACAUAUCAAUUACAAGGAGAUAAGCAAAAUUUAAUACUUCAUUUACCCCAAGAUAAAAUCCUUAUAAAACCAAAUUCAACUCGGUCCAUCAAGAUUGGUAUAAAAGUAACAAAGAAGACUAAUCCUGUGAUAGUAAUAUUAAAUAUAAUAACGACUGAUAUGGUAACAGGAAAAGAAUUAAUAAUUAAACACAUGAUCUAUGUUGAAUCGGAGGAACUUCAAGUAAAUGUAUUAACACCACAGGAAGAACUUGACUUUGAUAGCAUUCUUGAGAAUACUAUAAAAACUUUAUCCAUUAAAUUGCAAAAUAAAAAUAAUAUGAUUCUACCUAUAACACUGUCGGUUGUACACGAUGGUCCCAAAAUUUUUAGCAUUAAUAACUUACAAGAUGAUUUGACACAUGAACUUAAACCUCGCGAACAAUUUACUGCAGUUGUACAAUGCGAAGGAACCUCAUCGUUGUUAACUUCAGAAUUAUUGCAAAAUCAAUUGGUCAAUGUAGAAGCAAAACUAUUAAUACAAGCAAAUAACAAAAAAGAUGAUGCUGUAAUGAUCAAAGAAAUACCACUGUUUGUUAAAAUAGCCCAAUGUAAAAUACAACUUGUUGAUACCGAAUUACCUAUAGAAAUUCCCAAGAAAAAGAUGAAAUAUUUUACUAUUAUUAAUUUAGGAAAGUUGCCUAUUCUAAUAACAGCAUCCAUAGUACAAGAUGAAUAUUCCUCACAUCUUGUUGAAGAUUUUUCUAUUAAACCUGAAAGUCUAAUGUUACAGCGUAAUGCAACAGAUAAAUUUUUAAUAACGUUUAAGCCACGUGAAAAUGAUAUUCGUGAUAGACACGUUAAAAUUAAGUUAACUGCUGGUAAUAAUUCUUAUUAUUACUCUUUAAUUGGGAAACAAAAUGUACCUAUAGAGAUAGAACACGAAAAUCAUUUACGCUGUGAAACGCCGCAACAGUUGUAUAAUGCUAUCUCUCCGAAUUCACCACAAAGUAUACAUUCCAGCAGAUCUGGAAGAAAUUCUCCAAUUAGUUCAGUAUCUGGCUCAACUGUUGUUGGAGAUCAAAUUCCUAUUAAAUCAACGCACGCUGCUUUAGUAUGGGGUUCUAUAAAGCCAAAUAAAAGUAAUAUCAAAGAAUUUACCAUUCGUAAUAUGAGCGAGAACAGAAUAAAACUUCAAGUUCAUAUAUUCGAUAAUAAUAAUAGUUUUCUAUUUCUUAAAGAUCAUCAAAUAACAAGUCCAAAUAUUGUGCUAUUAUUGCAUCGUAUGGAAAGUAAAACACUUUCUGUCGUAUUUUGUCCACGUCAUAUUGGUGCAGCUACUGGAAAAAUUGUUUUUAGUCACUACGAGAUCAAAAAAGAAGAAAAUAAUAAAUCACGUCCUACGAAAGCAAUAUUUUUAUAUGGUUAUGGUGGUUUCGGUAGAGUCAUUAUAUCUAAUAUAGUUAAAGAUAUUGGUGAGAAAAUGUGGUUGCCUCUUGGCAAAUUGAGUUCCGGCGGGAUUUUAAAUGCAAAUAUUAAAUUAGAGAAUAUCGGUGAUCUUUGUUCGUAUGCUAAAGUCAAAUUAACGCCUAAAGCUAUUUAUCCUUCAAUGCUUUCCAGUUGGCAAAUAAAUCCAACAGAACUCUUAUUGGAACCUAAAGAAACUCAGUGGAUUACAUUAGAGUUUCAACCAAAAAAGGAAGACUUAGUACUAUUGCGACAAUGUUCCAAUGUAUGCCAUGUGGGAACUAUAAAUAUUAUCUAUGGCGAUGAACCGACGCGUUGGCGAAUACGUCGGUUGUAUAGUAAAAUUAAGAGUGCGAGUGAUUUAAAUGGAGGCGAAAGCGAACCGUUUAGAAAUAUAGUUUAUCCGCUCUGUAAAAUUUUUCCUGGGGAACAAAUGAUGUCGGAUUUAAAUUUAAUUAACGAUUCAUUACACAAUCUUAGCGAUUUGUGUCAUGGAGUGCGUCAACAUGAAAUAAUGUUAACCGUGGAGACUAAUGCAGAUGAGUCAUUAUCUAUGAUGCAUGAUAGCGCAGAUGAAUCACAAAUAUUUUAUUCUCUUUGUAGCGAUAACAGUCAUAUUUAUGAAUCGAGUGGAAAAAGUUUUUUACCAUUGGAGACAAUAAUAGGAGACCAUGAAAUAAAUGAAUGUCAACAAAAGUACGAUGAUUAUUUUACAGUAUCUCCUGAUGUAGUCAGCUUAAUUCCUUCAAUAAAAAAUGAAGCAAUCGUGACUAUUUUAAGUUCGAACAGAGUAGCGCAACCAUAUGAAACUGUUUUAUCUAAUACAGAUGUACUUAGUAUACUUCCAGCGGAGGGUAUGAUACCAGCUGGUAAAGGAUUUCCUUUAAGAAUAAAAUGCAAGCAGAAAGUUCAACGUAGUUUGGAAGCUACAUUAGAAAUAUAUACCGAAAAUCACAGACGAGAUGUAAAGAUAAAAGUAGCCGUCGUACAUUAAUUUGUGUCUUGUUUUAAGUGUAACUAAACAUUUAAUGUACAGAAUUAAAUAUACAAGUAUUUUAUAUUUUAUAAAAACAAUAUUUUAAUGUUAAUAAAGGCUUU